AUGUCAGAGAGCGCGCUCGGCCCCGCCGCCGAGGCCGCGCCCGCCGCCCCGGCCCCCGCCGCCAAGGCCGCCGCCAAGAAGCCGAAGAAGGCGGCGAGCGGCUCCAAAGCCCGCAAGCCCGCGGGGCCCAGCGUCACCGAGCUGAUCACCAAGGCCGUGUCCGCCUCCAAGGAGCGCAAGGGGCUCUCCCUCGCCGCGCUCAAGAAGGCGCUGGCCGCCGGCGGCUACGAUGUGGAGAAGAACAACAGCCGCAUCAAGCUGGGGCUCAAGAGCCUCGUCAGCAAGGGCACCCUGGUGCAGACCAAGGGCACCGGCGCCUCCGGCUCUUUCCGACUCAACAAGAAACCCGGAGAAGUGAAGGAAAAAGCUCCAAAAAAGAAAACUUCGGCAGUUAAAUCUAAGAAGCCGGUGGCGAAGAAGCCCGCCAGGGCCGCCAAAAAGCCCAAGAAGGUGGUGAUAGCAAAGAGCCCCAAGAAAGCCAAGAAGCCAGCAGCCAAGAAAGUAGCAAAGAGCCCCAAGAAAAUAACCAAGGUUCCCAAGCCCAAAAAGGUGGUGGCAGCAGCAGGAACAAAGAGCCCGGCUAAGGCAAAAGUGGUGAAGCCCAAAGCAGCCAAGCCAAAAGCUGCAAAAGCAAAAGUGGCCAAGUCAAAGAAGGCAGCACCCAAGAAGUAAGCCACUUCGCUGGGGAAGGCUACCUCUUCAUUUAAACCCAACGGCUCUUUUAAGAGCCACCUA